AUGUCACCCUCGCAGGCCAGCAGAGCGCCCACCGGAGACGCAGCCAUCCCGAACCCGACCAAGGCACGGCUGCCGCAGCUGACCGGCGAGUUUGUGAAGAAACACUACCCCAGCGGACUCCAGGUCAUCCACGUCGACGUGCUGAACCGCCACGGCGAGCGCACGCCCAUCACACACAAGAUGCCCCAUGUCACGCCCCGGAACUGGAACUAUUGCGGCGACUCCAACAGAAUGCACGCUGACUUUCUGAAGGCUGUGGACUCGCAUACCGGCGACGGCAAGCCAACCGCAUGGCAGUCGUACAUCUUCAAGAGCGACGAGCGCGAUGUCGGGAAGGUGUUUGGCACCACAGAGUCGCAAGGCCAGCACGCCAGUGACACGUCCAAAACCACGGCGGCUACCUGUAGCUUCGGGCAGCUCACGGAUGUUGGGCGCCAGAGCAUGUCGGCGCUGGGCACACAUCUGCGCGAUCUGUACGUGAACACACUCGGAUUCCUUCCGUCCACGCUGCCCCAGUCCCACAGCGGAUAUGCAGAGGACCUGUAUCUGCGCAGCACCUCGUUCACCCGUGCAUUCGAGUCUUUGCAGCAUCUGCUGGGCGGGCUGUAUCCCAAUCUGCCUGCCAACGCGCCUACCUACCGCGUUAAUGUGCGGCCUGCCAACCGCGACAACAUGUUCCCCAACUUUGACUGCAAGAACAUGGCCGGCCAUCUGUGGGCUGGCGAGUACGAGCAAUUGCGCCGCGACCUGGAGAAAAUUCCCGCUGUGCGCGAGUUCUUCGACACCGAGUUCAAUCCUGGACGUCAUCGCGUUGCCAUUUCAACCAUGGAUACGCUGUGGCCCAUGCGUGCCCACGGCAUGAAGAUGCCCGAGGGCGUUACUGACGAGAUCCUGACGCGCCUUUCGAUGAUGUCUGUAGUAGAGUACAUGUACUCUUUGGAGCUGUCCCCGAGACUGGCUCGCAUGCAAAUCGGGCCGCUGGUCCACGAGCUUGUUGGCAACCUUGUCACGGCUGUAAAGGCGGACCGCGACGGGGCCAAGGCUCCACCCAAGAUGGGCGUCUACUCUGGCCACGACACCACUGUCGGGCCACUGCUGUCAGUUUUUGGUGACCGUAAGACUGGGCCCGCGGUGCAGGCUCCAGUGGGACUCUUGUGGCCGCCGUUCUCGGCCAGCAUACGCAUUGAGCUGCUCAAGGACACAAAGACACCGUACCCGACGGUGCGGCCGGCGUGGGAGGACGAACAGGCUGACCACUCAGACGACCUGACUAGGAUCGCCCCCGAGCGCCGCGUGCGCCCCAUCAACGUCCCCGACGACUUGUACCACUGGACGACCCAGAGGAUCGGUGGCACAGCCACGGGUGCUGCCCAGCAUGACCCGCGGGCCCUGCGUGGCUACUACGUGCGUGUCUGGUACAAUGACCGGGAAAUCCGGCUCCCUGCUUGCCGCGAUGCGGGGGCACACCAUACCGAGCUGGGCUCAUCAGUGUGUACGCUGGACGGGUUCUUCAAGCAGGUCGCACGGUAUGUGCCGAGCGAGGAGGAGGCAGCACAGGACUGCAAUUUGAUCUCCGCCAAGUGA